AGACAAGGAUUGCCUAAAAAUAUGGGAAUCAUUGAAAGAGGCAUUCAUUUACAAGAAUCCCUGUAAUAUUACAUCAGAAGAUUACCAGCCUUUAACGGAGUUAGCGAGUCAUCCUAUACCCUGUAACAAGUCUCUGUUUUGGAGCAAGACAAAUGACCUCGCUCAUCGUUACACAAAAUCCAAUCAAAACUUCUUUACCUUGGAGGACACCUUGUUGGGUUACAUGGCUGAUAGGCUUUCAUGGUGUGGAGACCCCUCUGCCCCAGGAAUCAACUAUGAAUCUUGUCCAAAACGAAGUGAAUGUGAAAGCAACCCUGUCUCUGUGUUCUGGAAGUUGGCAUCCAAGAUGUUUGCAGAAGCAGCAUGUGGUGUGGUUCAGGUGAUGCUCAAUGGAUCAAUAGAAGCUGGAGCUUUCAAAAGCAGCAGCAUCUUUGGAAGUAUUGAGAUCUUUAACCUAAAUCCAGAUAAAGUCUCUGCAGUACACAUUUGGCUUAUGCAUGACAUCGGUGGACCUCAGAGUGAGUCCUGCUCAGGUUAUUCCAUAAAGAGGUUAAAAAGCAUCUUAGAAGAACGAAACUUUCAGAUCACCUGUGAAGACAAUUACAGGCCAGUUCAGCUCCUUCAGUGUGUGCAUAACCCUGACCACACAGACUGCAGACUUUGCACCAACUCCACGGCAGGUCCAUGAAACGGAGUCCUCUGCACU